GGUGGCCGUCUAUUUGUUACGCCGUGCUUGUGUGUCGCCCGUGCGGAAUCCCGAUAUUAUUCCGAUUCGCUCGACACUUCUUCACACCCUCAUAUUUACAACCCAUCAGUGUUACGUGGAAGUCCGUUUUGUGCUUCACAUUUCCGAGUGAAAGAUCGUGUCGCGUGUGAUCUUUUCGACUCGUAUCGGCAACAGACGUUCCCGGCUGGAGACGGUAGGCCAUGCUUGUCGGCGGUAAGGGCUCCACGCUGGGGUCCGGCGCGGCGGCCGGGCACUGAAUGAACUGAACCGUACGCUGGCGUGGUGAAUAUUGGCCGUGAGUCGCUUAUAAUUCAAGAUGGAGGGAGCUGUUGCGGAGUCAGAGCCUGCACCUAUCAAACAUUUGCCGGAACAGCCUACUCAGCAGCCGCCACAGCAAGAAAAUGAAAUCACGAAACCUGCGACAGAUACCACCGGCGACCACUGUGACGCUGCCAUGGAGACCGGCGCGGCCGUCCCGUCGGCUAGCGGUGCUCCUGUCACCGGUACAAACGAUACUGUGAUCGGCACGGCCCCAUCUACACUCAGCAGUGGAUCUACAGCGGUGGUGGCACCCGCCCAGUCUGCCGCCCCAGUCCUCACCAACGGCGUCUCCCCCGCCCCCGCCACCGCCCCUGCUGCUCCCGCCCCCGCGGCGGCCGAGUCGCCGUCCAAGAGUCGAAGGAAGCAGGAGUUGGUGGUCCGCCAAGCUCCCGCCAAUGCAGAGAUUGUCGCUGAUGCUGUGGCUGACGCUCGUGCCUCUGCCGCCGCUCUAGCUGCCAUUCAAGCCGCCAAGAUAGCUUUGGCUGCCGCUAGACCGUCUCCGGAUGACGUCAAGGCGCACAGGAGGAAGCAGCAGACGCCAAAGAGGAAGCUGACCGCCUCGCCGACGAGGCUGAUUGCGCGACAUAAGAAGGUGAAGCUGGGUGGUCCAGUAGCGCAGAAAGGUAGAAGGAAACUGAAGGUGGUGACCAAACCGCCUUCGGCCGGCGUCGCUGGACCGACGGACCCCAAACUGGUGUCGGUGUCAGAGUGGAGUGAUACAAACGCUAUGGCUGUGAGAGAGGACAUCGAUGACCUCGAGUCGGUGGGCGGUGACGAUGUAGAUAUGAGUGAAGGCGGUGCCGAGCGAGGGGUGGAUGGGGUACAGAAAGUGGGGAAGGAUGGUGUGAGCUCAACCAGCGCAGUGGACGCUACAGUGAAAGGUGCGGACGCGGCAGUGCCGGCGGCGGACUCAUCAGGGGCGGGACCGAGCGGUGCUGCGGGUGUGUCAUCUCCCGCUAAACGAGGCCGGCCGCGGAAAGUGCCCCUCACCGAGCCAGCCGAGGCGAGCGGCAGCGGCACCGCGACGGGGGCGCCUCCAGCGGCCGACGCGCGAACUAAGCCGCGGCCGGGCGCCAGGCGCCGGCGCCGCCGCCGGCCGGCCUCUGGCUUUGUUACACGCCGGCCGCUAACCAAGCGCCGCCCUGCGGUGCCGAAACGAACUACUGGUGUGGUAAACGGCCACGGCGCGGCGCCACGAGUGCCGCGUAAGAGGAGGAAGAGGGGUGACCUGACGAUAGACAUGAAGGAGCCGUUUGGGACGCCGUCCGGGAAGACGCGCUCCAGGACCAGGUCGGUGACAGAGGAGGACCCGGCCAGCUCUGCCCCGGUGAGACGCACCUCUCGGGAGAGACCUGUGAACGGUGCCGGCCCCUCGGGAGAGACCGAACACUCGCCAGUGGCGGUGGACGGAGCGGGGACGACGCCGCCCGCCGCCCCGGAAGGCGUCUCGGCCGCCGACUGGGAGGCCAAGUGGCGCUGCUGGAACGACGACGGCUCCAAGAAGAGCUGGCAGGCCACGGACGGCAGCUCGGGGCCGUCGGCGGCACCCUCCGCCCCCGCCUCCACCGCCUCUGGACCCGCCUCUGCCGCUCCAAAAACCGCCACUGAAGCCGGGGAUAUCACCGCCACAGCGGCGGCGGACGCUGCGGCUGGUGACGGCGAGUCGGCGACAGUGGCGUCCUCUAUUCCGGCGAAGGCAGCGCCACCUGCCGCGCCGGUACGGAGACGGCGUCGAGCGGCCGGUCGCCGCCGGCGUCGAGCCGACUCGCCCGCCGCCGAGCCUGCCGGGCGAGCCGGCGGGAGAGGGCGACGUGGUCGCGGCCGACCGGAGCCUCUGCGAGGUCCCUACCUCGUCGUAGGAGGAACCAGCACCAGCGGAGGUAGCGGCGCGCUGGCAGUCCGCGUGGUUAACUGCCAGGGAGACCGCGAGGGGGCGUCCACCGGCCGACGCCCUCCGAUCACCUGUGACCUGGAUUCAGCGGCCGGCCAGCCCCGUGUCGGCUUCUCCAGCGCCUACUCCAAGAACUACGACGCGUUCGCGGUGGACCCGACAUGGACGUGUGUGUUCUGUCGGAGGCGGACCCACGCCAAUGGAUUGGGUGAUCUGCUGGGGCCGUGCUUUGUGGCUCGCCGGCUGGAGGCUAUAGAGACGGCGGGGAGGCCGCUGGUGGGAAGACAGAGGAGGCGGAGUAAGAGGGAUGUGCAGGAAGAGCCGAUCGACUCCACCCCCUCCGCCGCUGCACCGGCUCCGACCCCGACCUCCUCGACCCCGAUAGAGUUCGAGGUGGCCCGGCUGGGUGACAGGCUGGAGACGUGGUUCCACGAGUCCUGUCUGGCGUGGAGCCCUCAGCUGACGCUCUCGGCGGGAAAGAUUCAGGGUAUUGAGGAGGCCAUCACAGCCAGUCGAGCCGAGCUGUGCUCUGUGUGCGGAGUUGUGGGCGCCACGGUCGGCUGCCUGGGCCGCGGCUGUCGGCGUGGCUUCCACGUGCCCUGUGCCGCCGAGGCCGGCUGUCGGCUGGACGAGGAGAGCUUCAGUUCGUACUGCAACAGGCACCAGAAACAGUAGAGCCGUGCGCCGGAGACUGUGGAUCGUGGGCACUGGACGGUGGACAGUGGACAGCGACAUGUGGACAGCGACAUGUGGACAGCGAGCGAUGGACAGCGAGCGAUGAACGCUGGAUGGUGGAACUUGUAAGUUGGAAAGUGUUGUCGUUCGUGGAGAGAUUGGCUCGGUGUAGCGAUUGGUUCCUGUCGGGCCCUACGAUGUGGUACUCUUUGGCCCGAUACUGGCGGCAGCUGAUGCUGGAUGUUGUCAGCUGAUGACCCACGUCAGCUGAUGUCAGCCAGCUGAUGAAUUUUCACGUCAGUUGAUUGAGACUGACGGCAAGUGAUGCUGACCUGUCAGCUCAUGUCGAGCCACGUCAGUUGCUGGAAGCUGAUGAAAAGUCGCAUCAGUUGAUGGAAAACAACGUCAGCUGUUUCAAACUGACGUCAUUUCUGUUGGCUGUUGUCAGCUGCUAGCUCACGUCAGCUGGUGCCAGUCAGUGGUAAUGAGUUACGUCAUCUGACGCCGCCUGACGUCAGUGUCCGGUGUUUGGUAUGUCGGGUCCAUACGGCUGAUGUGGUCCAUGUCGCCAUCAGUGUGAUGUAGGUCCGGUUCCAGUGUGAUGUAACUGAUGCUAGUUCCGGUUUCCAAUAAAGCGAUGAUAAAAUG